AUGCUGAAGCUCGACUCGGGCUUUAGUAGCAGGGCGCGGGUGCUCAAUGCGAUACAGCAGCGCUGGUCAGGAAUGAACGACAGCCAGAGAAGCUCCAAGCGCGUUCUAACGCAGGUGAAAGUCGUCUACGAGGCGAUCCAGGCGGUGGAAAUGCGGAAUCGGAAUGCAGCGAAUGGCGCACUGGCAAAGUACAAGAACGUCGUGCUCGACUUCCUGAAAUGUCUGGAGAACUACCACAGCAAGAACGUCUUCCAGCGCUUGAUACACCAUCGAAAGAAGGUGGACGACCUCGAGCGCAUUCAAGGAAUCGUAACCGUGCUAUUGAGAAUGCUCAGCAUGGAGAUGGCGGCUGAAAUCGAAGCCGUGAAGCAGCAGUGGAAGGUUGAGCGAUGCGAAUUACACGACCAGUUGGGUAAACUGCUCGAAGACGCCUCGGCCAGUCUACUUGAGCUGCAAAACGUGCGAGAUGCCAUGCUCUUGCUUCAAAGUGGCUCAGCAAAGGCUGCAAUGCAAAUGCACUAA